AUGCCUCUCCUCCACAUCCUCCUAACCACCUUCCUGGCUGCAUCCACCACCGCCCUCGCAGCAUCACCCAACACCACCACCAGUAGUACUACGACCACCUUCCCCAACACCCUCAACAUCACCACCCUCACCGCGCACAACAACCAGUCCGUCCUCGAAUGCUGGGCCCUCGACCCGGGCUACUCCACCUCCGCCCAAGCCGGCGUCUCCGGCACCGCCAUGCUCAAUCUCGGCCCCGUCACCAGCAACGCAACUAACCUCCUCAUCCCCGGUGAAUAUGAUGGCGGCCGCCAUAAUGCUCCCACAAUUCAAUGGGUCAUCUUCCUCUCCGGCAUCGCGCACAUCACAUUACCGAACUCGACGGACGAGGCGUGGAUAGUCGGGGGUAAGAACGGGGCGAUUUUGGCGCUGGAUACGGCGGAGGUUAGUGCCUUGGGGCAUUCUACUACUUAUCCGACGGAGGAGAGCACCGUGGUGUUGGAGGUCGCGUUGAAGGAGAUCCCCGGGCAUAGGGUUUUGCAUGGGGGGGCUUGUGGGGAGGAGGAAUUGUUGUAG